UUGGCCCUAGUGAGAGAGAUGCCCAUUCCGCUUAAUGAAGUCGUUCUUGGAUCUCUCCUAGCAUCCUGUAUUCUUCAUGGCAAGCUCCAACUGGGAAAGCACCUUCUACAAGAGCUGAUUCAGAUUGAUCCCUGCAAUACUGAUUAUCAUGUGUUGCAGUCGAACAUGUAUACAUUAGCUGGAAGGCAUGACAAUGCUGAUUUCCUUUGCCAGGUCCUCCAGAAAUGGGGAAUCAAAAAGGUGCCUGGCAUAAGUUCUAUCCAUGUGAAUGCCCAAGUUCAUCAGUUUACUUUAAGGGACAAAUCGCAUCCUCAAACACAAGAGAUCUAUUCCAUGUUAGAUGUGAUGAUUCAACAAUUGAGAUUUGCAGGUUAUGUUCCUAACACUGCUUCCCAGGCAUUCUCUGUUUCGGAAAACCAGAUCAACGAUGCAGAUGAGCAAGAGGAGAAGGAACAUGUACUCUUCUCUCAUAGUGAGAAGCUAGCCAUCUCAUUUGGACUUAUAAGUACGAAACCGAAAUGACCGUCCACA